GGGACUACCUGAAGUGUACAGAGUUCGAGUCCGUGUUAACUCGAAAAACCAUCAGUUUCUAUUGCAAAGCCUCUCGCAAUAUUACGAGUUCUCCAAGGAUCAGGACUAUAUUUGCUCCACGCCCGAGGAUUCGGGCAUGCAUCUGUGCGGCAACUUUCCGCCGUAUCGCAUCGGAUCAUUGGUCUGCACUGAGGAGGCCAAGCUACUGGACCUGAAUGAGCCAACGAAUACGUCGUGCGUGAAUUGGAAUCAGUAUUAUACGACCUGCAAGCAGAGCGGCGAGAACCCCUUUCAGGGCACCAUAUCCUUCGACAACAUCGGCAUGGCCUGGGUGGCCAUAUUUCUG